AUGGUCAUAACGGAACGAGCGGUUUAUCGUGGGCAGUUAACGAAAUUAACAAAUAGUGCGUCCGAAUAUUUAAACAGCUCAGAUUCCAAAAGUGAUAAAACGGAACACAUUGAUCUUAUUGAAGACGAACUUGCGGCAGAUACAAUUGCUGGUUUUACACCAACAAACGCCAACUAUGAUUCGGCUGUUUCGUUGUUGCUGGAACAGUAUGGAAACGUCGAUAAGCUCGUCGAUCAUACGAUGCAGCAGCUGAUGAACCUUUCUCGAAUAAACUCUCGUCAUGACGUGACAAAAUUGAGGAAAUUAUACACAGACAUAAGAGCCCAUACAAGGUCACUUACCGCACUUAAUGUUCCAUCGUCACAGUACUCUAUAAUGCUGAGAAGUUUAAUUCUGCAUUGUUUGCCUCAUGAUUUAGUGAUCGAUUUUCAUAGGCUACAUCCGAGUAAGCAAGAUAAAGCUGCACGUUCAAUCGAAGACGAAAAUGCAUCACUAUCGGUGGGUACUAGCGAGCACAGUAGUUGUGGUGGUAAUCAGCUAAAUGAUAUUCUGUCAUUUAUUAAAGAAGAGAUCUCCUCUCUCGAAAUGGCCGAGCUGACAAAUGAACGGAGAACGAGAACAACAAAAGUCGCAAAUACAUGUAAAACGGCUGCUGGGUUACUCACCACUACGAACAUAGCUGAGUUUUGCUGCUUUUGCAAAUCAAACAGUCAUUUAACGGAAAAUUGCAAAACGACGUUAUCGCUUGCAGAGAAGAAGACAAUUUUGAAAAGCAUGGGGUAUUGCUUUAAAUGCACCAAAAAGGGACACAAUGCUAAGCGAUGCUUCAAUAAACGUGUAAAGUGUUCUCUUUGUGGAAGUAAUCAUGCUACGUCUAUGCACGACCCAACAUACCGACCUAAAGCUAAAAAUACAACAACAGUAGCACCUUCAACAACAACGGUAGCACCUGCAACAAACUCUUGUGGCUCAACAACAACAUUGUAUGCAUCAGCUUUACUGCAAACAGAAGAGGUACUUCUUCAAACGGCUACUAUUAUAGCUUCGAGUAAUUCAAGUUCUGUGCCAGUACGAAUAAUUCUAGAUGGUGGCUCGCAGCACGAGGCGAUCGAAAUCCUGGCUAUAGUCGUGGCAGAAAUUUGCUCUACUGCAUUCCAGUAUGUUCGUAGCACAGAAUUGGACAUCCUUGGCCUUAAGUUAGCGGAUACUUCAUAUUUAAAUGAAACGGAAUUCGAAAUCGGAAUGUUAAUAGGGGCCGAUAUUUACUGGUCCAUAGUAAAAGACGACUUCAAAAGAAUAACCGACAACCUUGUCGCUAUUGACACCAUUUUCGGAUGGACACUACAAGGACCUAUAUCGACCCAAGGCACGUCAGUAACAUCUACGAAUCUCAAUGUUGGUGUAAUUGAGGACAACUCACUUGAAUCUUUAGUUGAUCGGAUUGAACGAUUAUGGGUUGUUGACGAUAUUACAUCAAAUCAUCAUAAGCUUCAAGUGGAUGAUAUUAUCGAAAAACACAUUCGGAAAAAUGGCACGCGAUAUGAAGCAUCAUUGCUAUGGAGAAACGACGAAUGCACUAUUGAUAACAACCGCGGUGGCGCUCUCAAAGGACUUCGACGUUCAUUGGUGAAGCUUAGUGAGGAUCCGGAAAAGUUAAGGCAAUACGAUGAAAUCAUACGGGAGAUGAUUUCAAGUGGUGUUGCAGAAAUUUGCGAUGAAGCAGAAAAAACCAACGAACGGACUUAUUUUAUGCCACAUCGACCGGUGUAUCGGGAGGAAAGAGAGACCACAAAAACGCGUAUUGUGUUUAACGCAUAA